AUGUCUCCAUAUUUGGCCACAGGUGAUAGUCAUCAGACUAUUGCAUUCUCUUUUCGAGUGGGUCGAUCAACUGUUUCCAAAAUUGUGAAAGAUGUUUGUCAUGAAAUUUGGAAUGUUCUACAACCUACUUAUUUACCUAAACCUACAACACAGACAUGGAUAGAUUCAGUAGGAGGAUUUUCAGAACUUUGGGGGUUUCCUAAUUGUCUUGGAAGCAUAGACGGCAAACAUAUUAAACUAAAAUGUCCACAAAAUAGCGGUACAAGUUAUUUUUGUUAUAAAAAUUUUUUCUCGAUAGUUCUACUUGCUGUAGUUGACCCAUAUUACAAAUUUAUGGUUGUUGACAUUGGCAGUUAUGGGCGACAUAGCGACAGUGGCAUUUUUGAAAAUUCCGCUUUUUACCGGGAAUACGUGAAUGAUAAAAUUAUUUUACCUCCGAAGCCACUACCAGGCACUGACGUCCCCGUUCCUCAUGUAUUCGUAGGUGACGAAGGAUUUGCACUUCAAACUUAUAUGAUGAGACCUUACCCCAAAGCUGGGAUGAUUCAUGAUGUGAGAAAAAAAAAGUUCAAUGCACGACUAAGCAGAGCACGUCGUGUAGUUGAAAACGCGUUUGGCAUAUUGGCCAUGAAAUGGCGAGUAUUCUUAAGAGCUAUAGAAACAGACGUUGAAACUGCGGAAUGUAUUGUCAAAGCAGCAUGUUGUUUGCACAAUUUCGUCAUGAUGAAAAAUAACGGAGAAUAUCCAGCCAUUGAAAGUGAAGAGCAAGCUAAACCUAUACGAGCAUUAUUAGACACAGCAUUGACCAAUCGGAGGUCGAAUAAUGCUGCUUUAGAAAUCCUYGAACUUUUUACUGCUUACUUCAAUAGAUAA